CCCGCUGGGGAAGUUUCUGUUUCUGCCUAGCUCAUUCUGGGUCUAAGCUGGCAGAGAUGGACCAGCUAGUACCCGAGGUUCCCCCGGCCGGGCACAGCUGUUCCUCCCUAGGAAUUUGGGCUUUGAAGGCUGGCAUCGUGAGUUUGUCAGUGCCACCCUCCAUCAGCAGGAACGCGGCCAUGGUGAACGAACCCAGAGGGAAUGGCGGCCCUAACCCCCGCUCGGAGGGCAUCGGGAGCUCCAAGGGUAUUUCGGGAUGUUCCUCACCAGGGCUGGACCCCAAGCGGCAUGAGAGACUCAGGGAGAAAAUGAAGCGGAGGAUGGAAUCUGGUGACAAGUGGUUCUCUCUAGAAUUCUUCCCUCCUCGGAAUACUCAGGGCGCUGGCAGUCUCAUCUCAGAGUUUGACCAGAUGGGGGCAGGCGGCCCCCUCUUUAUAGAUGUGACCUGGCGCCCAACAGGAGACCCUGGCUCAGACAAGGAGACCUCGUCCAUGACCAUCGCCAGCACCGCUGUGCACUACUGCGGCCUGGAGACCAUGCUGCACAUGACCUGCUGCUGUCAGAGCCAGGAGGAGAUCACGGGCCACCUGCGCAAGGCCAAGCAGCUGGGCCUGAAGAACAUCUUGGCGCUAAGAGGAGACCCCCUGGGUGACCACUGGGAGGAGGAGGAAGGAGGCUUCCACUACGCUGUAGACCUGGUGAAGCAUAUCCGCAAGGAGUUUGGUGACUACUUUGACAUCUGUGUGGCAGGUUACCCCGCAGGCCACCCUGACGCAGAGAGCUUUGCGGCCGACCUGAAGUACCUGAAGGAGAAGGUGUUGGCAGGAGCUGACUUCAUCAUCACCCAGCUGUUCUUCGAGGCUGACACAUUCUUCCGCUUCCUUAAGGCUUGUUCCGAGAUAGGCAUUACCUGCCCCAUCCUCCCCGGAAUCUUCCCCAUUCAGGGCUACCACUCCCUGCAACAGCUCGUGAAGCUGUCCAAGCUGGAGGUGCCGCAGAGGAUCAAGGACGUGAUCGAGCCGAUCAAGGGCGACGACGAGGCCAUCUGCAACUACGGCAUCGAGCUGGCUGUGGGCCUGUGCCGGGAGCUGCUGGCAAGCGGCUUGGUGCCGGGCCUGCACUUCUACACCCUCAACCGCAGGAUGGCCACCACCGAGGUGCUGAAGCGCCUGGGCAUGUGGGCCGAGGGCCCCAGGCGCCCCCUGCCCUGGGCGGUCAGUGCCCACCCCAAGCGCUGGGAGGAAUCUGUGCGUCCGAUCUUCUGGGCCUCCAGACCGAAGAGUUACAUCUACCGCACCCAGGAGUGGGAUGAGUUCCCCAGCGGCCGCUGGGGCAGUUCCUCCUCUCCAGCCUUCGGGGAGCUGAAGGACUACCACCUCUUCUACCUGAGGAGCAAGGCCCCGAGGGGGCAGCUGCUGAAGAUGUGGGGGGAGGAGCUGACCAGCGAAGAAAGUGUCUUUGACGUCUUUGUCCACUACCUCUCAGGAGAGCCGAACCAGAAUGGCUGUCGAGUCACUUGCCUGCCCUGGAAUGAUGAGCCGCUGGCGGCCGAGACCAGCCUGAUGAAGGAGGAGCUGCUGCGAGCGAACCGCCGGGGCAUCCUCACCAUCAACUCGCAGCCCAACGUCAACGGGAAGCCAUCCUCAGACCCGGUUGUGGGCUGGGGCCCCAGCGGGGGCUACGUCUUCCAGAAGGCCUACUUGGAGUUCUUCACCUCCAGAAAGACGGUGGAGGCGCUCCUGCAGGUGCUGAAGAAGUACGAGUCCCGGGUCACCUACCACAUCGUGGACGUGAAGGGGGAAAACAUCACCAAUGCCCCCGAGCUGCAGCCCAACGCUGUCACUUGGGGCAUCUUCCCUGGGCGAGAGAUUAUCCAGCCUACAGUGGUGGAUCCUGUCAGCUUUAUGUUCUGGAAGGAUGAAGCCUUCACCCUGUGGGCCGAGCAGUGGGGCAAGCUGUAUGACGAGGAGUCCCCGUCCCGUAUGAUCAUUCAGGACAUCCACGACAACUAUUUUCUCAUCAACCUGGUGGACAAUGAGUUUCCGCUGGACAACUGCUUGUGGCAGGUGGUAGAAGACACAUUUGAGCUUCUCAACAGACCCACUUCACAAUGAGAGGGAGACAGGCUUCACCACCCUGCACCCUGACAUCCUUAGCCUCGGCCAGCUGUGUCCCGCCUUCCUCUUCCCCAGGACUGGUUCUCCUGGGGACCCGUCUCCAUCUGUCUCCAUGCGCUGGCCUCCGUUCCCCCACAUACAAUGACAGCUAGGCUGGUGUGAUGCUUCCGGGCUCUGGCUGGACCUGUCAGCCCCAUGCGGGAGGGAGCCUGGUGCUCCCUGCUCAGCUGGGAGAUUUUGCUCUUUUGUGGGAAGCACCUCCAUCCUGAAGGGGACCACGGUGGGUGGAACACUGUCCUCUCUGAGAAGGGGAGGAGACGUUACUGCUGACUGAGCCCUCGCACCAGGCAGCCGCUAGGAGCCCGCAUGAGACUGCCAAGGGGACCCCCGGAAGAUGGGCAAAGCAAACACUGACGGCGGGCCCUGGCGGCACUGCCGGGUAGCUGGGCACGGUGAG